AUGGCGCGCCAGGCUCCUCAGCGCGGGAAGCCGCUGCUGCCGCUGCUCGCUCUGAUCGUCUCGGCGACGGUCGUCGUCGCGCAGGAUGCAAUCUACCCCGUCACCUACGUCCCGGCCACUCAGAGCCUGAGGUUCGGUCCGGGGUACAUGGCGUUUGUGAACACCGCAACCAACCCGCCGUCACUGACCGUUGUCGACUCCACUGGCGCGCCUGUCGCGCCCAUUUCUAACGCGGACGGAUCCGCCACUGUGGCCGGGUACACCGCGUACCCGAACGGCACCAUCACUGGUCCGGGCGGCCUUUCGAUCUACAUUGGUGCGGGCGACGCUUUGGUUGCUAUGGGAACAACAACAGUCCUGAAGAACGGAACCAUUGUGGAUGGCUCGGGAAUAAAGCUCGUGCCGUCGAAGAACGCUGACGGGUCGUACACUGCAGGGGACAUGACUGGGUGGUCCAACGGCACCAUCGUUGGCAGUGGCGGCGCCGUGAUCAACGCCGGCGCGCCGCUCACCCUCACAGCGGACGGCAGCAUUGCCUUCGCCCCCCGGCUUGCCACUCCCGCGCCUGGCGCCGCCAUCUCCUUGGACCCCGCCGCCCGCAGCCUGUCGUUCGGCGGCUACACGGUGACGGUGUCGCUGAGCGGCGAUAAGCUCUCCCUCGUGGACUCCACUGGCAAGCCUGUCGCCACCACCCCCAACCCUGACGGGUCCCGCUCUCUUGGCGACUACAUGCUCUACAGGAACGGCACGAUCGCUGCUCCGGGCGGCAUUGCCAUCCACACUGCUGGGCCCAACGCGGGGCUGCGUGUGGGAACAACAACGGUUCUGAUAAACGGAACGAUCCUGGACAGUAUGGGAGCGAAGAUUGUGCCGACGGGUCCGAAUGAGGACGGGUCGUACAGUGCAGGGGACGUGAAAGGGUGGGCGAAUGGCACUAUUAUUGACACCAACACUGGUGUGGUGUUCUAUGCUGGGGCGCCGCUGGCCGUCACAGCUGACGGCAGGGUCACUUUGGCUUCUCCUUCCAUUCCGGCUGGUGCCGCUGCUCCCACUGCCGCUGCUCCUUCUGCUGGUGCCGCUGCUCCCUCUGCCGCUGCUCCCUCUGCCGCUGCUCCCUCUGCUGGUGCCGCUGCUCCCUCUGCCGCUGCUCCCUCUGCUGGUGCCGCUGCUCCCUCUGCCGCUGCUCCCUCUGCUGGUGCCGCUGCUCCCUCUCCUGGUGCCGCCGCUCCCUCUGCUGGUGCCGCUGCUCCCUCUCCUGGUGCCGCCGCUCCCUCUUCUGGUGCCGCUGCUCCCUCUCCUGGUGCCGCCGCUCCCUCUUCUGGUGCCGCUGCUCCCUCUGCUGGUGCCGCUGCUCCCUCUCCUGGUGCCGCUGCUCCCUCUGCUGGUGCCGCCGCUCCCUCUUCUGGUGCCGCUGCUCCCUCUGCUGGUGUUGCUUCUCCUCCUAUUGAUGCAGCUUCUCCUCCUACUGAUGCCAGUCCCCCGCCUGCUGGUUCCACUUCCCCGCCUGCCGGUUCCACUUCCCCCCCUGCCGGUUCCACUUCUCCCCCUGCUGGUGCCUCUACUCCUGCCGCUCCUCCUCCCCCACCCAAGACUGCUGGUUUGUUCGCUUCGCCGGCCACUGCGCUCACUGCUCUAAUCACUCUCGCCCUUGCCCCACUCAUGUUCAUGUAG